AUGUUGUCUACUGAUUUGCUAUUACCAGUUGUGUUAUUGUUAGUAACAUCAACGUCUGCAAUUGGACAAGCUCCAUAUUAUUCCAAUAACACUUUAGCUGAAAUAUCUAAAGGUACAGUUAGCACAAUUAGUCCAGCACUUACCUUCUCAAGUACACUAAAGAAUGAGUUUGAGAAAACUUCAUCAUCUGCAGCCGAAUACAGUUUUUCUACAAUCAUCCCUUCGACCUCUGCAGCACUAGAAGAAUCACUGGCCUAUUCAGAUCUGGUAUUAUCUUCCACGAGUGUUGUAAACAAUAUUGCUAUCUCUAGCACUGUGGAAACGUCCACUUCCUUUUUCAAGUCAAGUACCACAUCGGCUUUAUCUUCUACAACCAUUAAAAACGUCUCCAGUAACAACUUUUCCAGGUUUGAAACCGUUGGUAUUUUAUCAGCUUCAUCGAUUGAAAAUUCAGACGUUGCAACAUCAUCUACAAGAACUCCUGAAUUCAGUACGACUGGUUCUAUGUCAAGUUCAUCCACUGUUGCCACGAAUUCUACGUCUUUGUUACCUACAACUACCUCAAUUGGUGACUCAUCUUUCUUUUCCAAGUCUAGUCAAGUAUCACCAUCUAUAUCUUUCACAUCGGGGAUUUCAUCAACCACUUUUCAAUCUUCAACGGUUACAAGGUUAAACAUUGUGCCAAGCAACUCCACAUUUUUAGGGCUAGCCUCGGGGAUUAUCACUGAACUCGAUGAAAGUACGACUCUUAAUGAUGCAACUACUGAUGUAUCAUCUUUGAAUGUCAUUAGCACCGACAAUUUUUCUACAUCAUCUCCUUCUACUGUAUUAUCCGAUAUCGUGACGCCACUGGCCAAUGUCACUACUAUAACUACUGGUUAUUCAACAACAUUUACUUUAUCUGAUGAAAACGUACCAUUAACUACGGUUACUACAUAUACCUAUAGUACACUAGUCUCAACUAUAUGCCCAACCUGUACAGCAUCCUUGACUGAAUUUUCAUCUUCAUUUACUAGCCUAGACAAAUUUACCUCAACUAAUACAACAGAAGCUAUCCUUUCCACCACAGCAACUCCAAUUACUACUUUGUUGUUGUCUACAAAUAACCCAGUUCCAAGUAGUAAUGAUAGUUCUACCAUUCUGUCAUCAGUUUCAAGCAGUACUUUGUCUUUGCUUUCUAGUGGUAUAAAAUUCAAUAGUACAUUCAACACAAUGCUAAGUCCUAUGGCAUCGACACUUAUGAAAAAUACAGAGACUGUUAGUACACUUGCUAGUUCUGGACUUGGCAACUCACAUACUUUGAAUGCAUCAUCAUAUGAGACAAAUUUUAGCACCAUAUCGAAUGAUAAUAAUGCAACUCUUGGUACCACCAAAAUUUUGAUUGAAACUUCAAAAAAUGGUCCAUACACUACAACUGAAACACCAAUGACAUCCCAAUCCUUCAAUUCUUCAGCAAUAGAAUUAAGCCAGGCUACUUCUAGUGUUACUCAAAGCAGAUCCCCUGUUUCAACUCAAAGCCACUCUUCACAACUGAAUACCUUCAGUUCUGUUUCAAGGUCGUCAUUACAAGAACCUACCAUUACCAUUUUAACCAAUGGUACGUCUUCGUUUACUGCGGAAUUAUCGACUGUAACAACUACAAUAAAUGGCAUAACGACAGUUUACACUACCUGGUGUCCCUUAGCCAGUUUGGCACCUUCUUCUACUGUCUCUAAGACUAUUGCAGUAUCUUCAAAAGAUUCAUCUAGUAUACCUGCUCCUGUUUCACAAACAAAUAUUCUAUCCAGUUCAUCUGACCAUGUAAUUUUAACGACCAUUACAUCCUCUAAUGGAACUUCUUCAACGACAUUCGUGCAGAGUUUAUCCACUGUUACAACUGUUAUCCAUGGUGUCAUUACAGCGUAUACAACAUGGUGCCCCUUACCUUCUUCUUCAACAAUUGAUAUAACAACUCUACCAACAAAUAAGCCAACUAUGUUACUAAGCACCAAGGGUUCUACUCUAUCCAUCUCGUCUCCUGACACCACUAUUUCUUCUUCUACAAGGGUUAGGUCAAAAUCGGUUAACGAAAUAAACUCUUCGUCCAGACAACAUAUUGAAACGUCUCUUGUACAUUCUUCAAGCGCAGUAGCAAGUUCUGCAACACAUCAAAAUAGUACAUCAAUUAUAUCAUCUUUACAUGGUAAGUUAUCUUCUGAAAGUACCGAAACUUUGCCAGUCUCUUUCCAAACGAAUCAAUACACUUCUACAAGGAAAAUUACUAUCAGUAAGACGAUAACGUUACAUUCUUCUACCCAGUCUACUGCCUCUCUAGAAUCUAGAUUAUCCACCGUUACUACUGUCAUAAGUGGGAAAACAACCGUCUUUACGACAUGGUGUCCUUCUUCUACUAGUUUAUUGAGUAAACCAACAACCAGAGCAAAGAUAUUAACAACUGUUACCAAUAAAAUUUCUACAUCAUCUGAGAACAGUCUUUCAUUGAUUGAUUCUUCAGUUUCUUCCACAAUUCCUACUUUGGUUAUUCCUAUCACCACCACUAACAGUUUAGGCCAAUCGAGUACUGGAUCCUAUACGGCGGUUCUCUCUACAUGUGUUACGACUAUCAAUGGAGUUAUUACAAGGUAUACCACAUGGUGUCCAUUGACUGACAAAAAGGUGAUCUCUACUGCAGUUACCAUUCCAAGCACAAUCACUUUGACUACAGAAGUAUGUUCCAACCACGUAUGUACCAUGACUACCAUUAUCACAACCACAUCCUCUUCAAGUACAAGCACUGGCACUCCUACAACAGUUCUUUCCAAGUCCUCUACUUUAGUUUGCAGUGGUUCACAAUGUGAGAAAGUGCCAAAGACUACGAAGGUUACAAGUGUUUUCACUUAUCCAACUUCAUCUGUUUUAUCUCUGGAAUCUCCAUCUUGCGUAGAAUCCAAUUGUCAAAGGUCAUCAACAAUUAAUUCCAUAUUUACUGUUCCAAUGAUAACAUAUACUUCCAACUUGGCAACAACAUCUACCUCUACCUCUACCUCUACUUAUAAGACUAACUCUGCAACCUUAUCUGUACCUGGCAUGUCCACUUCCAAACCAGAAGUAUCAACUGUUCCAGUAUCAACCGGCAAGACAAGUAAGCCUUCCACCAGUAUUACAAGUAAGGAGAUUAAGCAUUCAUCAUCACAUUAUUCUGUUACAGUGACUAGUCCUUCAGCUUCCAAUAUCAUCUUGAGGUCAUCUCCUCUACCAUCUUCUAUCAAAUCAUCUACAAGUACUACUUUCACUCCACCAACCCCAGGAAAGGUCACAACUAUGCCAACAAGUGGUACAUCUACAGAGGUGCUAACACUUUCUACAGUAACAUUGGUUCAAUCAGGAGUAACCACAGUAUACACUACAUGGUGUCCAAGGGAGCAUACCUCGGUAAGCAAGUUGAAGUCACAAUUAACCUCCUCUUCUUUGAUUAUUCAAGCCCAAUAUUCAGUAACAACUGUCUCAACUCCAUCUGAGCAACCUUCUACUGCAUCUCAUUUUUUACCUUUCCCUUCUGUUGUAACUCCAGUCUCAUGUUCUGGUUCUCAAUGUGAAAUACCACCUCCAGUAACAUCAGUAACUCAAUGUGUCGCUGGCACAUGUACAACUACACCUGUUGCAACUAUUACAACAACGCCUCCUAAUCAAUGUUCCGGAACUGUAUGCAACCAUAUUACAAGUGCAUCUACCACUCUACCAUCCACCAAUAUUGAUAUUCAAUCCACAAUAAGUAAAACAGUGAAAUGUACUGAAUCCAAAUGUCUUCCAACAGGCUCAUCAAAUAUUGCAUCUUCAAUCGUGUCAACUUCAAAAUGUAUAGGAUCUCAAUGUACUUCGGUAAAGACUACUUCUAUUAUCUCAUGUACUGGUGACAAAUGUCAUAAGUUAUCUUCCAGUACUAAGAUUACAGUGGUUACAUCAAUUAGCACUCCACAUCCAAUUACGACAAAGUCGAUGAAAACGAGCACCAAACCAACUACCAUUCCAGUCACUACAGUUUAUCCUAUCACCUGGACGUCUACCGAUUCAAAUAAUGAGAAAGUAACCAUUACUAGCUCAACUUCAAGCGUCCUUAAUACUGUGACGACAUUGCUGGUCAGUUCAGAAGUUCCAAUUAUAGUUACUCCUGGUGUCACUACUAUUACUUACACUACACCAUGUUCUGAAAGUACAUUAUCAACAGCGGUAAGACAGCAACCUUCCAGCACAUGGGUAGAAACUCCCGUUAUUACCACUUUCUCUGGUGGUGCAUCCAGAAUUAUAACGAAUAAUCUGGUUUUAUUCAUCUGCAUGAUAUUUUUCAUAUAA